AUGGAUAAGUUGACGGGUCAGUGGAAGAAGUUGUGUGAGAGUACAACUGGAGUGUGUAAUGCACGUGUCUCGAAUGUUGGCUUUAAGGAUACCGAUUACUACAUGGGUGAGAUGGAAGACGAAAGUUCAAUGUUGGAGUUGAAUGUUGGCUCCGGUUAUCUCUCAGAGAAGUUCUACUUCUACGCAAGUCGUACCGAUAUCGCCGAUAAGAAACACGAUAUCUAUGGCAUUGGAAAGCUCGCCACUCCAUACUCGAUGCAAGCCUGCCAGGGUAAUCGAUUCUACUUCACCAUACAGACAGACAACUACUUUACAUCGGCCGACUACCUCUUCCAAUUGAAGUAUGCCACCGAGUAUCCAUGUGGCGCACCGGAGCGUUCGCAGCGUACUGUCACCACUCCACAAACGAUGGAACCACAACCAUCGAUACGUCCACGCAAUGAAUUGGCAAUCAACGCACAAAUCAACAAAGCCGAUGCCGAGGCCAAAGAAGUUCCUAUCCUCAGUAUCAACAAUGGCAUUGAAAUAUCGGCACACAAAGAAGGACUACCACUAUUCUCCAUCAACAAGCGACAACAAACCGAACCAUCGAGUGACGAUACCUACACAGGGUCACUCGAAUACCAAUCGGAAUCAGCCAACUCUAAAAAUAACAGUCAACAACAAACAUCAUUCAUUCAUACAUCUUUAUUAAUAUUAUCAUUCAUUUCAAUAUUAUUGUUUUAA